UCUUGUGAAUGAAUAUCGAAAAUUGGACAGAAAUGAAAACAAGCAGAGAUGGAUGUUAGUGCUUAUAAGUGGCCGUAAACUUUUUUACCACAUUGUUCAACUGACGUCAGAUGAAACCAACUUCUACCCACCUGCUAAACAGCUUAUUACUUCUUGUGCAGAAGUUUUGGGCCAGGAGUUUAUUUGUGGUCAUGCAGAUUGCCAAGAAAGUCUUGUUGCCCAAGUAUUAGAAUGGGAUGGACAUUUUGGAGGACUUUUAGUUCCUCAUUUUACACCUGCAGUAACUCCAGUUCAUACAUACCUCACUCUGUACUCAUCUCUCAGUCCUCAUGCUCUUGUAUCACCUGAUCAUACUUUCAUGCUUUUAUCCAAGUUUGACAUAGAGAGAUGGCUUGUUGAUGUAAAACCAAGUUGUAGUGAUCAAACUCAGCUUGUUAAUACAAUUGGAGCUGCUUUAUCAUCCCUCCUUCCACAAGCGGAAUCUAGUUUGGCGGUGGUUUUAGAGGUAAUUGUCAUUAUACUCUUGCCUGUGUCCAUAUUGUGUUAACAGUAUCUUAUAUGU